UAAGGCAACUUACAUCAAAGUGAAGUAUAAUGCAACAAACACCGGUAAGUUAUUAAAAAUCGGCUUUAUACGCAAAGUUAAAGGUUUAUGUGCAGGCGAUCAGGUGAUGAAUUUUCAGCAAGUUAGAUACUUGAAAACAUUAUUGCCUUAUAACAGGCUUAUAGCAACUGUAACAUUCAAAUACUUUACGGAGUAAAACAACACAAACUAAAAUGCCGAUGAAAUACCGACAAUUUUAAUUCGCGUGAUUUUAAAAGUGUUUUGUUGCAAAUCUCCUUUUUUUAUGUUUAUCUAUUGCAACCUACGGUGGCCCAUAAAGGACAUGAAACCCCAGCUAUUUAUUUUGGGAAAUUUGAAUGGUAAAACUUAUUAUUUCACGUUUGGGGUUUUAUUUUCAGACCUAUCAUUUUUUCUUUUGUUAAAGCCCAAGUUUUUUUUUUUAAUUUUAUUUUAAAACAUUUUUUAAAACUCAGAUUUUUUCAAAACUCACGGUUUUUUUUUUAAAACUCAGAUUUUUUCAACACUCAAGGUUUUUUUUAAAAAACUCAGAUGUUUUCAAAACUCAGGGUGUUUUUUUUCAAAACUCAGAUUUUUUUUCAAAGUCGGUUUUUUUUUUGAAAACCAAGUUUUUAAUCGUCUUGAACAAUGCUCAUGUCAUAUAACUGCCUACCACGAUUGCUGGCUCAAAGAAAAUGAGCAAAAUGGCGUUGAUGAUCAAAAUGGUUUUUAUCUGUUUUAUGCUUCAUGUCCCUUUAGAUAGUAAUUAUUAAGUCGGUUAUUGCUUUUGGCGGAGUCUCUCUUAGCUCUAUUAGUUGGGAUACCAAAUAAUGACAAUUCCGGUUUGGGAUGAAUUUGGCCACAAUAGUGGCCGUUUAUUUCCUUGAAGCAUAUCAAGCUAGGAAAAUCGGGAUACUCAAGAAGAUUAUCCCAGCAAAGGUGAGGGCACACCCGCCAUCCGGGAGAUGAAAGUGGAGCAAAAGGGGAGGAAACUGAAGGGAUGGAAAAAUGUUUUCCAACCUUCUUCUUGUAGUGAGGAGAGAGGCUUUGAGCCUUGCUUUCAUGUCUUAUAAACAUACAUGUAAUGUUCAGGAUGGCAGGAACGCCCCCUCACUGGUAGCUGGAGAAAUGACACAUUAAUCAGUCACAUUAAGAAUAAAACUAUUUAUUUCUUUCAGAAAUGAAUUUUAUUUUUGUCUCAUUUUAUUCCUGUCAUGUGGAACGAGCACAAUGAGGGAAUUCUGACCGUAAUUCUUUGAUUGAAUGUUACUUCAAUACUUCAAACCUGGAGUACUAAGAAAUCCUACGCUUCCUUCUUCUCGUACACAGGAAUGGGAAUGGGCACAAACGGGACUCAUAGGUCCCAUGCAAGGUGCCAUCCCUACCCAAUCCCACAACCCGUCAAGAGAGGUUGGCCACACCACUGGGGUCUACGUCGCCUACUCUUUUGGAACAUUGGUGUGGGUUCUUUUACGCGUCCCACACAUGAACAGAUCAGUGAAAGUGCGGUUUUUCGUCCUUAUCCAAGAAGACUAGAAAGUCUAACCAUUUGAUGUCAUGACAAAGGCAGCACUUUCUUCUCAGUUAUUUACAGAUCCUGAGUGUUGGUCCGGCCGGGGUUUGAACCCGCGACCUCCCGCUCGGCAGACCGGCACUCUCCCAACUGAGCUUACCAGGCGGCGGUUAAUCAAUCAACAUUGAAGUAACAUUCAAUCGAAGAAUUACGGUUACAAUUCCCUGAUGUCACAGGAAUGUACUGGGACAUUAUGUUCGUUCCACGUGAAAGGCACAAAAUGAAUCAGAAAACAGAUAAAACCAUUUUGAUCGUCAACGCCAUUUUGUCAUUUUCUUUGAGCCAGCAAUCGUGAUCAGCAGGUAUAUAACAUGCGCAUUAUUCAUGACAAUAAAAAACUGGGUUUUGGAAAAAACCUCUGAGUUUGAAAAAAAAAACCCUGAGUUUUGAAAAUCAUCUGGGUUUUUGAAAAAAACCUGAGAUUUGAAAAAAACAAUCUGAGUUUAAAAAAAACAUGAGUUUUGAAAACAAUCUGGGCUUUUUUAAAAAAAACUUGAGUUUUGAAAAAAAAAUCUGAGUUUUAAAAAAGACAUGAGUUUUGAAAAAAAACCCUGAGUUUUGAAAAAUCUGAGUUCUUAAAAAACUUGAGCUUUUACAAAGAAAAAAUUAUAGGUCUGAAAAAAAGACCCCAAACCUAAAAAUAAUACGUUUUACCAUCCAAAUUUCCCAAAAUAAAUAGCUGGGUUUUUAUGUCCCUUAUGGGCCACCGUAGUACGCAACCCUUUUGAUUGCUUUUUUUUUUUUUUGGUUUACAGACAAAAUUACUCUUUGAUGUUGGAUUAGAAAGCUAAAAAAUUUUUAUUUUCGUCUUGUUACAGCUUGUACCUCUGGUGAAUAUCUUAAUCGACUAAGUGGAUUCUUUUCAACUCCAAAUUUUCCAAGUAACUACCCUCAAUACAGCAAAUGUACCUGGAAUAUCACAGUUCCCAGCGGGUACAUCAUUAAACUUAGGUUCCUUUACUUUCGAUUGGAGCCAUAUCAGUCCAUUCCCUGCUAUAAUGCUCCAGAGGCCCGUGUUACAGUCACAAAUGUUGCUUCGGAUGAUGGGUAUCAGCCGUUCAUGUUGUGCGGUCAGUCUCUUUUCCAUCCAGUGUACUCGGUAGGGAAUUCCGUUCAAGUCAUAUUCACGUCUCUGCGCAGUCAAUACCCAGGGUUUAAUGCAACUUACACGGCUAUCACUUAUAGUAGAGGUACGUGGUAUACAUUAUUUAUCAGACAUCAAUGACUGAGAUAAGAUUUAAAAACCAUCACCAAUAACAGCUCGACCAAUAAAAGGUAAUCCAAGAAAGUCUUCUCAAGAAAAAUCAUAGAUUCCAAAUCCCAGAACUUACGAACAUAUUUCUCACAGUUAAGGUUGCUUUGUUUGUGAAUUCUUCUAACGUAGCUGUUGUUCACAUGGGCUUUAAUAACAAAGAAAGAAAACGUGAACUGCAGAACAAUUUUUUUAUGUCAGAGUAAGCGCAAGCGCCUAAUACCCAUACAAUGCUCGGUUGGGGCACGGAACGGACUCUUAAAAACUUAGCAAGAAGGCAGUCAAUUGUCUGUGACUUAUUCACUACGUAAACUCGAUAAUGUAAAAAAAGAUAUUCCGCACACAAACCAAAAAAAGGUUCUGGCGCAACUCAAAAUUAUUAAGUCCUUCCGUUCCGUAUUAUUUAGUUUUGAUCUAAUUCCUUGUCAAGUUAACUAGAUUCUUUUUUUAAAGUGGUAUAAUUCUAAUUUUCAUCGAUACUUAGGCUUAGUCCAUUUAUAUUGCUUGCAGUCUGUCCCAAUAUGGCAACCCUGAAUGAGACAUCAGGAGUUCUUACCAGUCCUUUCUAUCCAAGGCGUUACCCUUCGAACGUGAAAUGCAGCUGGAAAAUUAUAGCAAGCAAUGGAGAACGCAUUUUGUUGUUCAUUGAAGACAUUCAGAUUACGAACUGUGGUUCAUCUUGCACGUGUGACUACCUGGAAAUACAAAAUGGCUCAUCCUCUGAUGGCAUUUCAGGCAGGCGAAGAUGUAGAUACUAUAAAGACCGUGGGAUAGUGUACCAUUCGGUAAAAGAUGUCCUGAGGGUGACGUUUGUUUCUGGCAGUGGUACAUACCGGCGGUACCGUGGAUUUAAGGCAACUUACAUCAAGGUGAAAUAUAAUGCAACAAACACCGGUAAGUUAGUCAAAAUCGGCUUUAAACGCAAAGUUAAAUCAACUUUUAAUGUCAUAAAUUUAUAUGUAAAUAGUUUCUUAAUAGGCUUAUUGAUAAUCAAUUUGUGAUUUCAUAAAUUCUAUGUGCAAAUAGUUUCUUAAUAAUUGUUUAUUGACAACUCUAGAGUAUUUUACUUUUUUAUUUUUAUUUAUUUAUUUAUUUACUUUUAUUAUUUUGUUUGUUUGUUUGUUUGUUUUUUGAUUACCUGCACUAUUAAUAUUUUUCUCUGAAAAGCCCCCAUGGGGAGUGGACAAUAAAAUUUGUAUUGUAUUGUAUCAAUUUUCAGCAAGUUAUAUAAAACAUUAUUGCCUUAUAACGGGCUUAUAGCAACUGCAACAUUCAAAUACUUUACGGAGUAAAACAACACAUAACUAAAAUGCCGAUGAAUUGCCAAAAAUUUUCAUUCACAUGAUGUUAAAAGUGUUUUGUUGCGAAUCUCCUUUUUUAUGUUUAUCUAUUGCAACGCUUUCCUGAUUGAGUUUUUUUUUCUUUUGUGGUUCACAGACAAAAUUACUCUUUGAUUUUGAAUUAUAAAGCUAAAUCAUGUUUAUUUCCUCUUGUUGCAGCUUGUACCUCUGGCGAAUAUCUUAACGGAUUUAGUGGACUCUUUUCAACUCCAAAUUUUCCUAGUAACUACCCUCAAUACAGCAAAUGUACCUGGAAUAUCACAGUUCCCAGCGGGUACAUCAUUAAACUUAGCUUCCUCUACUUUCGAUUGAAGCCAUAUCAGUAUAUUCCCUGCUAUAAUGCUCCAGAGUCCCGUGUUACAGUCACAAAUGUUGCUUCAGAUGAUGGGUAUCAGCCGUUCAUGUUGUGCGGUCAGUCUCUUUUCCUUCCAGUGUACUCGGUAGGGAAUUCCGCUCAAGUAAUAUUCACGUCUCUGCGCAGUCAAUACCCAGGGUUUAAUGCAAGUUACACGGCUAUCACUUAUAGUUCAGGUACUUGGUAGACAUUAUUUACAAGACAUCAAUGACUGAGUUAAGAUUUAAAUACCAUCGCCAUCGACAAAUCGCCCAUUAAAAGGUAAUGCAAGAGAGUCUUGGAUUCUGGAUUCUAGGAGUGGAUUCCGGAUGUCAUUGGCAUUUAGAUUACUGAUUCCAAUCAUAAGUAGGAUUCCGGUUUCCUCAAUUAAAAUCACAGAUUCCAAAUCCCAGUACUUACGAACAUAUUUCUCACAGUUAAUGUUGCUUUGUUUGUGAAUUUUCGCAAUGUAGCUGUUGUUCACAUGGGUUUUCUUAACAAAGAAAGAAAACGUGAACGACAGAACAUUCUUUUUUUUUUUUAAUCCUAGAGUAAGCGCGGUCGCCUAAUACCCACUAAAAUGUUCGUUUGAGUCACGUAACGGACUCUUAAAAACACCGUGCGAAGGCAGUCAAUUGUCUGUGACUUGUUCACAAUAAAAUCUCGAUAAUUCUAAAAAAUUUAUUUCCGACACAAAUUUAAAAAAAGUUUCCGGCGCAUACCAAAAUUAUUAAGUCCUGCCGUCCUGCAUUUGGUUUUGAUCUAAUUCCUUCUCAAGUUAACUAGAUUCUUUUUUUUAAAGCGGGAUAAUUAACAAUUACUCUUUGAAAUCGGGGUGAAUAGUAGCAAAAUAUUUACCGGGCCACAAAGUGGCGAGGUAAGUAUUCCUAAAGCCACUAUUCACCGAGAUUGAAAAGAAUAAUUGUUUUAGUAUAUAUACACACGAAGUGAUCUCAACAAAAUCGGAGAGGAAACCAUUAAAAAGUACGAUUUGAUUGACAGAUCAGGUCAGCUAGACACGCGACAGUUUAAAAAUAGAUCUUUAUACAAUUUUCAAACAUGGCAAUUCACAAGCUUAUCACUUCGCAAACAACAGCGUAAUGACUUAAAUGGAACCGCUAAAAGUUUGAACUGUUUUCUUACCUGAGAAGAAAAAAAGAGCUUUGUUGUUUUCUGUUGACUCGCCAAGUUUAUAGCCAAAAGGGUUUGUUGUGUCGUUCUUCGCAUGAAGUGCUGACAAAAAUGUCGAUUCCGUUCCUUGAGGUAAGACGUCGUCUUCAUGUAGCAUUCUUUCUUGUGUUGACUUAAGACGUAGAAUUUCUGCAAACAUUUGCUUUCAAAUUUGUUUGUCAUAAAUAAACUUCGUCUUUGGGCCAAAUUUUUCUUGUUAGGAAACGCUGAGUUCACGAUACGGCCUCUUCUAGGCGAACAAACGGGAGUUGUAAACAAUCCAUCGACCGCAAAACUCAACAACAGUAAAUGGAAAAACGCCGUUUUGAAUCCUUCGAAGUCUUUUCUUGCCUGAAAAAAAUUCAACCCUAGGAUUUUGUCGACUUUUAAAAGAUCUUUCUCUAAGAAAAUGGGAAAAAAAAACCCGAGCUCACACAUUAUCCACUCGCUGAGAGGUGAAUAUUGUUGAAUAGUCCGAGAUAGCGAACAAUCAGAUCGCUUAAAUCACCAAGAUCACUGAGUGUGUAUAUACUAAUUCUAAUUGUCCUCGAUACUUAGGCUUAGUCCAUUUAUAUUGCUUGCAGUCUGUCCCAAUAUGGUAACCCUGAAUGAGACAUCAGGAGUUCUUACUAGUCCUUACUAUCCAAGGCGUUACCCUUCGAACGUGAAAUGCAGCUGGAAAAUUAUAGCAAGUAAAGGAGAACGCAUUUUGUUGUUCAUCGAAAACAUUCAGAUUACGAACUGUGGUUCAUCUUGCACGUGUGACUACCUGGAAAUACAAAAUGGCUCAUCCUCUGAUGGCAUUUCAGGCAGGCGAAGAUGUAGAUACUAUACAGACCGGGGGAUAGUAUACCAUUCGGUAAAUGAUGUCCUGACGGUGACGUUUGUUUCUGAUAGUAGUACUUAUCGGCGGUACCGUGGAUUUAAGGCAACUUACAUCAAAGUGAAAUAUAAUGCAACAAACACAGGUAGGUUAUUAAAAAUUGGCUUCAGCAAAAUUAAAGUUAAAGUUAACGCUAAGUUAAAGGUUUAUGUGCAGGCGAUCAGGUGAUCAAUUUUUAGCAAGUUAUAGAAAACAUUAUUGCCUUAUAACAGGCUUAUAGCAAUUGUAACACUCAAAUACUGUACGGAGUAAAACAACACAAACAAAUUAAAAUGCAUAUGGAAUGCCAACAAUUUUCAUUCGCAUGAAGUUAAAAUUAAAGUGUUUUGUUGCGGGUCUCCUAUUUUUUAUGUUUAUCUAUUGUAACGCUUUCCAUUGAUGUUUUCUUUUUUUGGUUCACAGAGAAAAUUACUCUUUGAUUUUGAAUUAUAAAGCUAAGUCAUGCUUAUUUCCUCUUGUUGCAGCUUGUACGUCUAGCGAAUAUCUUAAUGAAUUUAGUGGAUUCUUUUCAACUCCAAAUUUUCCGAGAAACUACCCUCAAUACAGCAAAUGUACCUGGAAUAUCACAGUUCCCAUCGGGUACAUCAUUAAACUUAGCUUCCUCUACUUUCGAUUGGAGCCAUAUCGGUAUAUUCCCUGCUAUAAUGCCCGUGUUACAGUCACAAAUGUUGCCUCAGAUGAUGGGUAUCAGCCGUUCAUGUUGUGCGGUCAGUCUCUUUUCCAUCCAGUGUACUCGGUAGGGAGUUCCGUUCAAGUCAUAUUCACGUCUCUGCGUAGUCAAUACCCAGGGUUUAAUGCAACUUACAAGGCUAUCACCUAUAGUUCAGGUACUUCGUAUAAGUUAUUUACAAGACAUCAAUGA